UAGAGGACUCAACAAAUCAUGUACUGUUCUCAUAGGUUCGGCCUUUCUCUUCUGCUUUUGUUAAUCUUUUGUUUUUGUUCAGCUGAUCGCGUGCCUGUGUCUGGGUGGUUCUUGGAUACUCACUCUCCCAAACCAAUAAAGUUUUGGGUUCGAGUGGGGAUUGUCCUGAAAUAAAUACUUGCGGGUUACAAAUGGUGCCAAGCUCAGGCCCAAAACGCACAAUACCUUAAUAAUGGUUCUCCUCGUACCGAUUUGAUUUUGCAUGAAUAUCAUUUUUUUUAACAAUUUCAAAUGGUUUUUGAUUAAAUUUGUUUGUUUUUGUAUGUGGGUGAUGUUAGUGAUAGCUGGUAUGGAGAGGUUUGCAUUUAAGGGGGUGGCAUCAAACUUAGUGACAUACCUAACAGAUGUGGUUAAGAUGAGCAACUCGGCUGCAGCAAAGACAGUGAAUAGUUGGGUUGGAUUGACAUCAAUAAUGCCACUCUUAGUGGUACCUCUUGCUGACUCUUAUUGCGAUCGAUAUUCCACCAUUUUGGCCUCCUCUUCUUUGUAUGUUCUGGGGCUUGUGGCAUUGACAUCGACAGCAUUUGCUUCGGCAUCGUCUCCUGCAAGCAAAAUAAGCACUUCUUCAUUCCGAUUUUGGUCUCUCUGCUUGAUAUCACUAGGCCAAGGUGGAUACAAUCCAUCCCUGCAAGCAUUUGGAGCAGAACAACUUGAAACUGAAGACGAAUUGCCCUGCACCAAAGAUGACCAGAAGCCAAACAAGAAGAGUGUGUUCUUCCAAUGGUGGUACUUUGGUGUAUGCACCGGCAGUCUUUUAGGUGUUACAGUUAUGUCAUACAUUCAAGACACUUUUGGUUGGGUCCUGGGAUUUGCAAUGCCAACGCUCGCAAUGGUUUUAUCGAUCGUAUUCUUCUCGUAUGGAACCCGGAUAUACAGAUACAUUUCAAAGGAUGAAUCGAUGCACAACAGGAGCUUCAGCGGCAUGGUUCGCUCCAUCAAGGAAAUUGUAUCUAAAUUGAAGCCUACAAAGAUUUCCCUAUCAAAUGAAAAAUCCGCAACCGUGGAGCUAGAGCUUCAGGAGAAACCGCUUUGCAAUCAGAAUUCGGGCAGCAUGAAUGCUCUGGAACAGAAUCCGCAAAAAUGCAACAAUCUACUUAUGAAUGCCAGAGUAGUUCUCCGGCUUCUCCCUAUUUGGACAAUGCUGCUAGUGUUUGCAAUCAUUUUCCAACAACCUGUAACUUUCUUUACGAAGCAAGGCAUGACAAUGAAGAGAAACAUUGGCAGUUUCAAAAUCCCACCAGCAACACUACAGAGUGCUAUUACAGUAUCCAUAAUUCUUUUGAUGCCGCUAUAUGACAAAGUUUUGAUUCCAACUACAAGGCUGAUUACUCGCAAAGAAAAGGGUAUCAGUGUUAUGCAAAGAAUGGGGAUCGGUAUGUUCCUAUCUAUCAUAGCCAUGGUCAUAGCUGCGGUAGUUGAGAUGAGAAGGGUCGAGAUCAGCAGAAUUGAGUCAAAAUCAGAAACGGUGCCAUUGAGCAUAUUUUUGUUGCUGCCUCAGUCUAUUCUGCUAGGCGUGUCCGACAUCUUUACUGUCGUUGGGAUGCAAGAGUUCUUCUACGGUGAAGUUCCGGUUAGAAUGAGAACAAUGGGGCUUGCACUUUACACUAGUGUAUUUGGUGUGGGGAGCUUCUUGAGUGCUUUACUUAUCUCCCUUGUUGAAUUUUUCACAAGUUCAAGAGGAAAAGAAGGAAGCUGGUUCUCUGACGACUUGUGCGAGGCCCGGCUAGACAAAUACUACUGGCUUCUGGCUUUGUUAAGUGCACUCAGCUUGUUUUUUUAUGUGAUUUUGUGUAGAUUUUUCAAGAGUAGAAGUGAAUUGGAAAACUAGAACUUGUAGUCAGUGUCUCUGUUUUGGGCAUGGUGACUUUGUACAGUGACUUUCGUUAGUGUAAAUAUACAACACUUGGCUUC